AUGUCAUCCAGCUUUGUGAGUCUGACACCGCUGAUCAGAACGGAUCUUGGUGUAUACUGCCACCUGCUUGAAAUAGACAACACCAAGAUAUUGAUAAACUGUGGUGCGCCUAAGACGAUGGAAAUGGCUAUUUAUGAAUCGUUGAUGCCGCGAAUUCUUGCAUGUGAUGUCAUAUUGCUCACAAGUUUUGGCAUAAACUGCAUUGGAGGAUUACCACACAUUUUGCAUAAUAAUUAUUACAAUAAGGUUAUAUCAUCUGUUCCGAUUAAAGUACUUGGGAAAAUAUGCAUGGAGGAGCAUGUACGAGGGAUGGAGCCUCCACUGGAUAUUGAUGUGGAGUGCUUUGACAGGAUUUCUGAGAUAAAAUAUCUACAGCCAACGAUUAUAAAUGGAGUUGAGAUAUGUGCUUAUAACUCUGGAAACUCGAUUGGCGGAUGUUUGUAUAAGAUUAGUAAAGGUGCAGAGAAGAUAGUCAUUGGAUUUAAUGUGAAUCACAGGAAGGAGAACCAUCUUGAUGGAAUGAACAUAUCUGUUAUAGGAGACUGUGGCUUGUGCGUGUUCACUGGAAAUCAUGUGCUAGCAGAGAACGUAUCUGUGGUGAAGAGAGAUGAUGUAUUUGUGAGGACGAUUAUGAAUGCAGUUGAGAACAAAAGGCGAGUGAUAAUUCCUGUGAGAUAUUCUAGACUUCUUGAGAUCUGCCUUGUUCUGAAUGAAAUGGCUAAUCAGAAGGGAUGCAAGGUUGUGUGUCUAUCUUACCUUGGCAACAAGUUUAUUGAGAGAGCGAAGUCUAUGGUAGAGUGGGCAGGUGAGAAGGUGUCGUCGAUGUUCUCUGAGGAGAAGGUGAAUCCGUUUGAAUUUGAGGGGAUUCGAUUUGUGAAGCACUAUGUCGAUCUUUGUGAGUUUGAUGUUUUGAUAGUGGUUGAUGAGUGGGUUUCUGGAUGUAUGUUUACGAGUGUUCUACAUUGCUUUAAUGACAAAAACAAUGUGAUAAUGGUUACAGAUCCUCGGCUAAAGCAGAUGCUUAGGGAUGAAUGUACAGAAGCAAAGCUGUAUAAUUUCAGGCUCCAGCAGAAAGUGAAGGAAGAUUUAGAAGAUAAUAAUGAGGAAAUGGAAGUUGAGGAGCAGAUUGAUGAAGAACCUGAGGAAGUGGGAGUGGAAUCACAUUGGUCAGAGACAAAGCAUGAGGUGUGGUGUGAAUCUGGACAGGAAUGCUUUCCUUCGCUUUCGAGACGACGAGCAUAUGAUGAUUAUGGAGAAUAUGUGGAUAAAUCGAUGUUUGUGAAGGAUGUUGCAGCUGUUGAAGAAGUCCAGGAGAUUUUUGUAGAGGAAGAAUCUUUAAAUGAAGAGAGAGAAGAGGUAUGCAGAGGAUUAGAGCUGAAGUAUGAUGUUGCAUGUGUAGAGAUGAUGGGAGUGUCUGAUCUAGGCUCAUGCAAGAUGGUACUGGAAUCGUUGUCUCCUCGGAAGCUUGUAUGUGUUGGUGAAGAUAGUGAUACAGAAAGGUUUUUUUACCACACAUUUAAGUACAUGAUGUGUUUUGAGGAUGUGUAUUUGUGUAGAGAUAAGCUUGUGCUGUCGUCGAAUGUUUUGAUGGGGAUGGUGAAGCUGAGUGAUGGAUUUGAGAGUGUGAAGUACCAGAAAAUAGGAACGGACUUUGUGGCAGGAUUCAGAGGAAUAAAAAAUGGCGAUAUGAUUGAGUGCAUUGGAGAGGGGCCGAGUAUGAUGCUGGGACAUCUUGAGAUGAAUGAGAUGCGGAGGAUGAUUGUUGAAAGGAAGAUGAGAGUAGAACAGGAUGAUGAAGGACUUGUGGUGGAAGGGUGUGUAUGGAUUAGGAUGAGCAAUAGCAGCCUGAUGAUUGAUGGAAAGGACGCAAGUGUAUUCUAUGCGGUUAGAGAUGUUAUAUAUAACAACCUUGCAUUUAUUUAA